GAGGGAACAGCGAGCUUGGAUGACUCCCCGCUAGUGGCGUGUGUAUCGAUUGACUGACUGCGUUUCUUUCCCGGCGCGCGCUACACGCGCGGGAGACAAGAGCACACGGAGAAAUGAUGGGGGAGAGACACGCGUGAGCGAAGGAGCCGAUCUAUAGACCAGUAUCUCUUUGUAGCAAAUUUAGAAACACAAAACUUGUUCCAAUUAUGUAGACAGUUAAACAGCUUUUCUAAAUCUAAAAUAACAAAGUAUUUAGAUUAAUAAAAAAAAAAGAAAUAUACAAUCAACAUUUUGAUGAUGUAAAGAUAUAUAUAAGAUAGAUAAUCUGCCCCUGCUGUUCUGCACGCGCCACUAGCGGCAAGCUCAUUCACAUUGACUGAGGAUAUCUCUUUAGUACCUUGUUUAAAACGGAUUUUUUUUUCAAACUUCUUCUACCAGUGAACCACUUAUGGGAUGGUAGUCAAGUAGUUUUAUCUGCCUGUGGACUAUCUUAGUGAUUUCCUCACAUCUUGAAGGACGCCAGAGCUAAGAUCUCCCUACGUCAAGAUCCAUACAUCGAGUUCUUCAGUCAAUAAAGCGCUUUGUGAACUAUCCCUACACACAAAAGACCAUGGGUCGAGCAAGGAGGCUGCUAGUCUACUGGUCUAUUACCACAUGUGGCCAAUUUGGCAGAUAACCAAGAGCUCUUGGUAGGGAAUCAAUGAGUACGCCCUGUCUCCCGUGUGCUUUGUCGUAUGAUGAACGUCUAUUUUUAACCCAUUUCCUCAUGUGCGAUGUGACAUAAAUGCAAUAAAAUAGCUUAGCGAAGUAUGAAUAUAUAUAUAUUUAUUAAAGUUUAUCUUUAUUUAUCUGUGCAAAGAUUAUGCCUGUAACUAAAGCCUUUUUCGUGUGUUGAUAUUUGCUUUUACAAAAUGAAUUUAUCAAAUAUCUAUUAUUUUAAAUAAUUAAACUAGUUACACUAGCUUUCUUUUAGUAUCUGACAACAGGCAGGCUAAUUUACUUGAUUUAAAUGUGGUGCGCGAGGGAAUGCAUAAGUUCAAAUACAAAGAACGCGAGUGAAAAUACCGGCUGAGUGGACAGUAGCAGUGAUGUCUACAAUACGAAAAGCGUAUAUGGAGAUAUCAAACGGUAUUCGGGGGCUUCGGUUCCACAGGGAUCAGUCGCCCAGCGGGGCGGCACAGCACGACGGAAACGCAAAGAUGGACGACUGCAAGUCGGUAACGACGCGCAGCUCCAAGAGUGUGGUGCACACGGAGGAGACCACGCCCUCCCGGACCCCUGCACGGGUGAUCGUGACAGAGGACAGCGCUGUGUCUAACGCUGUGGCGCGGCUGUUCCCCAACAAGGCCUCCUCAGCCCUGCUGGCGACCAGGGGGGACUAUUCCAGGACGGUGGACAGCAAGAACUCCGCCAACGCUCACUCUUCGUCCACCACUGCUUCGACGAAAGGUCAAGGUCAGUCACCAUUGGUCUCGUCCAACAGCUCAACAGCUCAGCCAUCAGUUUCAACGACAUCGACAACAUCCUCCGCGACGUCCGCGGAUCAGAACAGCGCCAAGCAGACCAACGGGGACGUCGCCAACCUCAACGGCAAACUGAAACGAACGAACAAAGAUGGGGUCUUCUCCACCACGAAAUUAAUCGGUUCACCCAAAGCCGGAAUCGCCAGCCGGAUCCGGAAGCUAAACCUCAGCAUGACGGGGCAGAAAUGGGAGUCAAAGGCGGAGACCAUCUCGGAGCUGAUGAUGGACGAAAAAUUUCUGGACCGUUUUUUCUUUUAUUUCUCUUCCGAGGAUCGGAGGCGGCUGUGCCAGGUUUGUAAAAAGUGGAAAAAUAUUUUGUAUCAAAGUCUAUACUGGACGGGUGUCGUGCCCGUUAUAAAUUUCAAAGAUUGGGUCAAUGACAGUGGAAAACGCAAACUAUGUUUUGAGAAUUUUCAGCUGCGAGGAUUCGACCAGGUGUGCCUGGUAUCCGCAGUGGACAAAGACAUCACGGAGUUCAUUAAUAAUACGCCUAAUUGUAAGAAAACGCUACGUACGGUCAGCAUCCGUUGCUCCAACAUUUCGGACAACGCUCUAGAGAGCUUGAUACGGAAAAUGCCGGCUAUAAACAAGCUAGAGCUGUCCAACUGCAACGAGGUCACAGGGUCAGGGCUGUGGGCGUGUCUGAACCCAAAGAUCAUCGUGUUGACAAUCACGGACUGCAUCCACAUUGCGGACGACACCAUCGGCGCCAUUGCGCAGCUCCUUCCCGCCCUGCACGAGCUGAACCUGCAAGCGUACCACGUGACGGACAACGGGCUGGCCCUGUUCGACUCCAAGCUAAACUCCUCCCUGAGGGUGCUGAGGCUCAAAUCGUGCUGGGAGAUCACCAACCACGGGGUGGUGAAUAUCAUCCACGCACUGCCCAACAUCACGGUGCUGAGCCUCUCCGGCUGCAGCAAGAUCACGGACGAUGGCAUUGAGAUCAUCGCUGAGAACAUGAAGAAGCUGAAGAGUUUGGACAUUUCCUGGUGCGCUAGAGUGACAGACGCCUCUCUGGAGUAUGUAGCUUGUGACUUAGGAAUACUGGAGGAACUUAUUUUGGACAGGUGUACGCAUGUCACUGAUAUCGGCGUUGGCUACAUAUCGACUAUGACCUCAUUGACCAGGCUAUUCAUCCGAUGGUGCAUCCAGGUGGGAGACUAUGGCCUUCAUCACAUCUUUUCCAUGAGAAAUCUGAGGGUCCUCUCCAUCGCUGGAUGUCGCCGACUGACCAGUAACGGCCUCUACGGUCUGCGCCAUCUCCAAAGACUCCAGGAACUCGAAGUGACAAACUGUCCCGGGGCCAACUCGGCCGUCUGCAGGUACCUCAAGGACAACAUGCCCAACACCAUGCUCAUCGAAUGACCCAGCAGACGUUAACUUAAAGAUUGACCCAUCAGACGUCUGCUUAAAACUGGACCAUAGAAAUAUUUCUAUAAACUAUCCUCAACUCGAAUAGUACUCGCUAAGUACGACAACUGGACAGCGGAUGACCUUCAUCGAAAAGGUUCUUUAUCUUACAGUGGAAUGGGAAUGCUUGAACUCUGAAGCCAUAUAAAUCUAACAAAGAAGUGUAAGAGUUAUUUGCUCUUGCUGAAUCUAGAUGUAAAAAAAAAAAAAAAAAAGCGGAAGUUGUAAUUAAGGAAGAGCUGUUUUCUGUUGUUAAGUGUACAUAAAACAGGCGGAAGAGGUAACUAGGGAAGCGUUAGGAAAACGCUUAUUAUAUAAUUAGUCGUCUAUGUGCAUUUUCAAAUGACUCAAUUUUUUUUAUUUUUUAAAACCACUUUAAGAUCACGAAUGCAAUUGAUUUUUUUUUAUUAUCUCCGAAAAUUGACAAAAUUUGUCUUUUAUUGAUAAACUCUACAUUGGAGACAAUGAAUAUAUUUUAAAACAUGCACAAGUUCUCGGUAUAGAGCAGAUAUAGAGCAGUUGUGGCCGAGUAGUCAAGCACUUGGCUGCUAAGAAGAGGGUCUGGAUGUUGUUGCUGCGAUUUGAUUAGGGGUUUUAAGGAGGCACGCCUAAGUAGUUGACAUCUCUUGCGGAAAAACGGAUGGCUGCUUGCUUGUGUGGUAUGCGCUCUGGACUGUUGUCUCGAUAGUCCCGGGUUUGAACCUAACCCGCCGCAUUCCCCCGCGGUUCCUGCGAGAGGUCUGGAACAUCCGAAACAUGUAAAAACAAAGUAAAUGCGUUGUGCUGGGCGCAUGACACUCUCGUUAACCUCUAGGUACUGAGUUCUAGUGAAAAACUUGACAUCACGUGAUACACAAGCCCCGGGGGUCAAGUAGAGAAAUGAGCUUGCAUAUUUUAUUUAAUACGUCUGCACGACUUUUUUUUUGUUUGGGGGGAGGGGCUAUGAGGGUAUGGUAAUUGGGUCAAGGGUAUUUUAAUGAUAUCAACAUAUCAGAAACACACUCCCCACCCCUUCGAUUAUGUUAUACAGGGAGAAUGCCCCUCUUCCAUCCUGCGUUUCCUAUCACCUAUUACAAGCCCACCCUCCACCCGGCGCACAGCGUAGCCUAUUAACAUUCCUCUUGUGUUUUCGUUCUUUGAAGCUAUCAGCCCGGUCACAGAGAAUUACUUUUAAGUAUAACAUAUAAUUACCUCAGCCUUUGAGGAGUUCUCUCCCUUGUGCCCCGUGCGUACACCAAGACGUCAAUGUCGCCGACAGUAGUUUCACGUGUAUCAUUGAAAUGCUAAAAUAACGAUGUAAUCACUGCGUCAAUACACUAGAGUUAGGUUCACCACUUGUUCACAAAGCGGGAAUUUUACUCGAUAACAUAGAUUUAAUGUGCAGUAUUAUGGCUCUGUGCCUCUUGUGGCUUAUUUUGGGAUGAAAGUUAUGUUGGCUGACAUUUUAAUAAAGAAAAAAAAAGGGUGACGAUAGAGAAAAUAUAUUUACUUCGAUUCAAAUAAUUGUUUUUAAGGUUUUGAAGUAAAUUUCAAAUUGUGACACCAACAUUGGAAAUCUGAUGGCAAACUUUAUUUUAAUUACUCUUAAGUUGACCUCCGUUUUGAGACAACUGCCAGAAUUACAUUUCUCAAUUAAAUAGACAAAAAAGAAUGAGUGGCUUCCCUUUGAAAUAAUCAUUUAAAAAAAAGGAAAACUAACUACAGUGUAACUAUAAAAACAAGCUUUCUUUAAAGAUUAUUAAUACGAAGACAAGGAUCAAGUGUCAUAACAGAUAUUGAUGUGUCUUGUAUUCUAUAAUAACCGGGCCUCUUGCUGGAAGUAUAUCAUUUAGAAUUUAAAACUAUUUUGGUUAGAUACUUUGCACAUAUUUUGAUUUCUUCCUGUUAUUGGCUGUUAUCUGUUGUACUGUUCAUGCCAUAUUGAUUUGCUAGAUGUUGUAGUUUUAAAAAUGGUCUGAGGUUGUUUUUUUUUUGUAUUUUUUUUUAGUAACACAUUGAACCAUAGUUCUGACCGUAUUCUUUAGUUUCUUUUUUUAUUGUGAAAGUUUAUUUAUGAAUUAUAAAUUAGCAUAUUCCUAGUUUUCAACGUUGAUAAUUGGUGCCCCUUUCUGGUAAUUAGGUGGUAUAGUGUUCAUAUCAGUGGCGUAGAGAGGUCCUCUCCAGCCCUGGUACAGGCAGACGACGUUAGGAUUCCCUCCUGUAAGUGUGACUGAACCCAGAUUGAGCAAUACUGUAUCUAAUGUGAGAGCAUAUAUACAAGAAAAUAGGAUAUAAGACUGACCAUUACUAUAGAGAAUGUGUGUGUGUGUGUUACUGAUGAAAUUACGAAACUAUGGCCGAUAUUUGGUUUGCAUUAGCUGAGUAGAAUCUGAUGUAACCAUAAGUAAAACUAAAGAAAAGUAAAAAUAAAGUUCCCCUUUCAGACUUUUUGCGAUCUAUGGGGCGGAUGAUGUUAUGGUCAUCUGUUUCUUUGGCCAACGGCUAACGAGCAGGGUGUCAAGUGACCAGUACAACAACCAACCGCCUUUACUUUCGCCCA